AGUGUCAUUUCAGUGAGUUUCCUUUCGGUCAAGUCUCGACGGUAUUUUAUAUACGACCUUUUUUUAAGUUAAUCUCAUAACUGAUAAGUAUACAUUCUAUAAAAUAUCGGAUAUCUUUUUGUUAUCCUGAAUUCGAGAACAAUGCCAGCCAGUGUUUCCGAAAAAGUUGAAAGUGAGAAAGAUAGAAGAAAGAGAUUGGCAAAGCAGAUAUGCAUCGUGAUUCUCGCCAGCCUCGGUCACCUAGCUAUAGGAAGCAACAUCACCUUCCCCUCUGUGGCGGUGAGUGACCUGGAACGCUACAACACCACCAUCACGGGAGCCCAAGUCACACUCACGGACACAGAAAAGGAUAUGAUGGGGAGUCUGGUGUCCCUGGGAUCUCUCCCGGGGGCGUGGCUGGCGGGGAUCCUCAUGGCCGUGAUUGGGCGGCGCUAUUCCAUGAUCCUUUCGGGCGUGGUCUGCUUCGCGUCCUGGGUGGGCGUGGCUCUCCUGCCCACGCCCACUACGCUGCUCGUGGCAAGGGGCAUAGCAGGGGUCGCCAGUGGCAGCAUGUCUGUGGCAGGGAACACGUACGCUGUGGAGAUGGCAGAUGUCGAGAUACGUGGAGCUAUGGCGUUAAUCCCCACUGUUGCUCUCAUGCUCGGCCAAGUACUAACAGUGGUCAUAGGCUACGUGGCCAGGUACUACGUGGUCGCGCUGGUGUGCUCCGCGAUUCCUUUGGCCUACGUGGUGGCCAUGGCACUGCUUCCUGAGUCCCCGGCCUUCCUCGCUGUCAAGGGUCGUGAAAAGCGAGCUCGGAAGACCCUCAUCAGGCUGCGAGGAGAGCAUGCUGACGUCGAUGCUGAGAUAGAGGGCUUCCGCACGAUGAACGGCGGCGCCGAGGGAGGCUCCUGGUGGCGCGGACUCCUGCAGGCGGAUGUUGCGAGGGCUUUGGGCGCCGUCUGCGGCCUCUUCCUCGUGCAGGCCUUCACGGGUUACUUUGUGUUCACCGUCAACGCUUCCCGGUUUUUCAAAGAAGCCGGUUCUUCCGUUGACGAAAAUCUUGCAGCGAUCAUCGUCAUGGUCGUCCAGUUCACGGUCACCAUCUUCGCCUCGCUCCUCAUGGACAAAAUCGGUCGAAGGAAAAGUCUGUUCGUGUCCUUGGCGUCCAUGAUUCCGUUCCUGGCCGUCAUGGCGCUGUACGUGGGGAUAACGGGAGAUGGAGAGGAAAGUGGGAGGAGAGGAAGCAGGCCGGCGUUCCACCCCUUGGCAUGGGCGAGGCAGGGCUUAACAGGGGCAGACGAGUACCUGGUAGGGGAUGAGUGGGCGAGGGCAGGGGACGACGCCCCCGGCCCCUAUGGGUGGGUGCCCCUGGUGGCCAUGAUGCUGUUUCUGGUCGGGUCGUGUUUUGGCGUGAAUCCCGUGCCUUAUAUUCUGGCCAAUGAGUAUUUCCCUACGGGGAUUCGGUCCCAGGCUAGCAGCGUUUGCAUUUCUGUCAGUACAGUUGUGAACUUUGUUGCGCUGCAGGUGUACACGCCAAUGCAAGACGGUCUCACACAGGCAGGACUGUAUGCCUUCUACGCCGUUGUUUGUGCGAUUGGAAUCCCUUAUACUUAUUUCUUCAAGGGAAACAAAAGGAAGGCAGAUAGGAUAGAGAAUCGAGGCCCUUUCGUUGGCUAUAGAGAGUGGAUGGUUUUGUUUUGAUUGUGUUUUGUCCUUGAUUAGAGUUAGGGUGGUCUAUAUUAUUAUUUAUAGUUUGCGGUUCGUUAAUGUGAAUAUUUAUGAUGAAUGGUAAAGCAGUUUACGAAUACAUGUAUAGGUUUGAUAUGAUAUUAUAUACAUGCACACACGUACUUACAUGCCUGACUUCAAACAUACAUACAAAAAAAAAAAAAAAAAAAAA